UGAUAAUUUUCAUUAAAUGGAGUUGAACACCAUAGAGCAAAUUUUUGAUACCUCCCAUGAAGUAUGGGACCCUAGUAUUGAUGAGAAGAUUCCUGUUCCUUUUGAAUUUGAGGAAGAUCAUUCUGGUCUAGACCCAUAUUCAAUCAAGAAUAGAGAAAGAACCUCCUCGGAGACUAGAAUUUAUUCUGAUGAUUCAGUUCAUAAAGAAAAUGAUGAUUGUGAGCCGGAACAUGAUGCUUUACAAGAAGCCUAUGAAGAAGAACCUGCAUCUGAUCCACCUGUCCAGAAACCAAAAGGAAAAACUGCGAGAAAAGGAAAGUAUAGCAAAAAUUCUUUGAGAUUGGAUAAAUUAAUAAAAUGCUGCAUUCGUGGCUCAAGCGCUGUCCUAAAGGAAUACUUUUCGCAACAACUAAAAACAUUUAAUGAGACUAAACACAAAGAGCUGUGGAAUAACAGUUUUAAGCUAAGAAAGUGGAUGGAUGCAUACAUAAUGGAACACUUCAAAGAUGACCUCUUUGAAAAUUUCGGAGUUAGACUGAGCCUAAAAUAACAGGACAAUGUUGUUUGCUGUGAUAACUUAUAUUCUAAAGGGAAAGAGGUAUUUCAAGGACUACAUUUUCAAGAAAAUCAAGACUAAGGAAAAGAAAGAUAUUAUAAAAGAAUCAGAGAAAUUUUUCAUGUUCUCUCAGGAAAAUCAUUCAACUGCAAAAGAUAGAAACUUUGCUUUCAACUCCAUUGUUAUAAAGUUUGCCAAAAUUUUAUUGAAGAAAGAGCCGUCUCUAAUAGACGUCUUUUGGGCAAAAAUGAUAGACAGAAAAGGAGUAACUUUCAAGGAUAUAGAUCUGUUUCAACAGAAAAUUAACACCCUUAUGAAUUUCUAA